CGCAAUUUCUACAGCGAACAAACGAUUAAUUGGCCGCAAGCUGAAUAGUUCUUUAAAUAUUUGAGCGCUUAAAAACUGUGAAUUUCUAAAUUUUGGAUUUUCAACUUGAAAGUUUUUCUUGUAAUUAAUGUGCUGAUAACAAUUGACUAAACACUUCAAAUAAAGUACUGGUGCAGUUGAAGUAGAAGUCGAUAAGUGUUUGCUUUUGAUGCGCAAAGGCAAUAGCGAAACCAAUUUGUGUCUAAUUCGCUAGAAAGUCACAAAUUUGGAAAAAGGCAACAAGGCAUUUUUUUAUUGCAUUUUCACUGAAGUGCGUAUGUGUUGUUUUUCGCGAUUUGUUUUUCCCCCAUCACUUGUCAAAAAGUAAGAAAAUAAAACUUUGUUAAGAAAAAAUUCUUGUAAAAAAAACUUAGAAAAAAAAACAAAAGUGAGCUUCAAAACUUGCCAAAAAUUAUUUUCCAUUUCGCACUGACAUUUGAAAAUUACAUUCUUCAGCAUAAAAACUGCAUACAUUGCGAAAAUCCAAUUGGGAAAAUUCCUGUUUUACCCCUUGCUGUGUGAAACGUUAACUUUAUGAAUACUAUUGAAAGAAUUGUGCAAAAGAAAAGGGGAAAAAUAACUGAACAGACUGAUUAAUAUAUAAAAAAAGAACUCGAGUGUCUUUGCGAUUGCUUUGAACGAAAAAUUGCAGUAAAUCGGCAAAAAUCGUUAUUUAAAUGUGUAUAUAGUGCUUACACUUAAAAACUUUUGUAAAAAAUAGACAAAUCGAAUAAUAAAUCACUUCGCUUACAAGUCUCUUAGCCAGUAGCCAACUAAUUGGUAUACUGGGGUACAUUGAAUGAUAAAAUAUACAAAACUGAUUUUCCAAUAAAUUUUGGAGAAUAAUUCUUCGGCCGCAGGAAGAGAAGCUAUAGCGCUGGAUUCCUAAUACGCCCAUUGUGAAGCCCUAAAGGUUUUGGAGCUUGUGAGGUUACGAAGACCAUUGCAGCUUUUGCAAACUCCACCUUUAAGCGCAUACUAUUAUUAUAAAUUAACUGUUUUCUAAGCACCUGCUGGAAAAGUACAAGUCCAUCCAUACGAGUGUUGUUGUAUACUUGAGUGAGUGAGUGAAAGUUGUUUGCCGUUGAAAUUGUGUGACAUCAGAACAUAACUGCAUACUACAUACAUAUAUUUAUCCAAUACGAAAUAUUAUACGUAAAUAAGUAAACCAUAACCACUAUAAUUUAACGUACUGAACUCAGGCGAAUUUAAGAAAGUAAAAGAAGAAAAGAAAAGAAAAACUAAUAUUAAACAAGAUGGAUGUUGAAACCGCCCAACAAAACGGUAAUGUGGACUCACGUGAAAGUUCCGUUGAACGUGAGCUCAACGAUGAAGUGCAGGCUGUGGAGCUGAAUGGCUCAUCGGACUCGGCGAAGAGUUUGAAUGGGCUCAUGAAGAAGCCGCUCCCCGUUGGCGAUGGACAUGAUCGCAUCAAACGCAAAGCCAAACGUCUAAUACACAGACAAAAUAGUCGUGGCGAGACGAAUGGUGCGGCCAGUGCAGCGCUUGCUGCUGCACUCAAUAACACCACGGGCAGUUAUGUGGUGCCACAUCGUCGCUGGAAGAAUAGUCGUCGUUCACGCAACGGCCAUGGACGUGGUUUGCCAAAGAAGGGUGGUGCCGGCGGUAAGGGUGUUUGGGGUUUGCCCGGUUCGGAAGCACUCGAAGAAGUGUACGAGGAUGAGAAUGAUCCCAACUAUGAUAGUGAAUGUAAUGAUAAGAACAUCGAAUUGCGUGAAGUUAUUCCGGAGGUGACACCGGAAGAAUUCUUCAAAAUGGCUGAACCAAUUGUAUUGGAGUAUUAUGAGCACGGCGAUACCCAUGAGGUGGCUGUGAGCUUUGACGAGAUACUUACCGGUCCGCUGCGACCAUAUGUGACAAGCGUUGUGGUUGAGAUCUCAAUGGAUCAUAAGGAUUCGCAGCGUGAAAUGACAUCGGUAUUGAUAUCCGAUUUGUAUGGACGUGUCAUAACCGGCAAGGAUAUCGAGAAAGGUUUUGAAAUUUUACUAGAUAAUUUGCCAGACUUGACGUUGGACACACCGGACGCGCCUACUAUAUUAGGCAAUUUCCUUGCACGUGCCGUCGCCGAUGACUGCCUCCCACCCAAAUUCGUCACAAAGCCGACUGAUCUCGAUGCACAAAGUCAACACGCUGCGGCUGCUAUACGCCGUGCUGACACCCUACUGCACAUGAAACAGGGUUGGGCACAUUUGGACAAUGUCUGGGGCAUGGGUGGGCCAUUGCGACCAGUCAAGACCAUCACCAAGGAGAUGACUUUGCUUUUGAAAGAGUAUUUGUCGUCACGCGACAUACAAGAGGCACAUCGUUGUCUACGCGCACUCGAAGUACCACAUUUCCAUCAUGAAUUGGUGUAUGAAGCCAUUGUCAUGACACUCGAAUCCCUUAGCCAGACCACCGAGGAGGCCAUGUGUGAGCUCCUAAAGUCGUUGGAUGAGGCAUGCUUGGUAUUGCCAGCCGGUGUAGAGCAGGGUUUCCUGCGCGUAUUCGACGAUAUGGCUGACAUUGUUUUGGAUGUGCCACUUGCAUAUAUAAUAUUGGAUCGCUUUGUAGAGCGUUGCAAUCGUGCUGGUUUUAUAACCGACAAGAUUUUAAGUAAUAUGCCCUCUAGAGGACGUAAACGUUUUGUCUCCGAAGGAGACGGUGGCCAUAUUAAGCCACAAACUAUUCCAAUUCGUGACUAAAAAGAAACAAAUAAAUUAAUUACAUAUUAAACGCAAAUACAAAAACAUCAAACCACAACAACAAAACAACAACAACAAGCACUUUUUAACCACAAAAUAACUGCAUUCUUUCUACAAAAACAACAACAACUGACAAAUGAAAAACCACAAAAACUUUAAUCAACGGCAACAAAACAGAAAAACAAAAAUGAAAAAAAUAGUAUUAUCAACAACUCUAAAAAUAAAUAAAACAACAAGAACAAAAGCAAAAAAUAAAAUAAAUAAAUAAAUAUGGCACCGAUUUUAAAAAAUGAGAUGAUGAAAUGCAGAAAAAAGCCUGAAGUGUGAAUAUUUUUAAAGCAACAACAACAAGUGUAUAACAAAAUAUAGCAAAGCAGCAAUGGAGAAGGACGUAGGGACGGGAUAGUAGAAACUCAUACCCUUGGAAAUGCAAAUUGAGAAAAAAAACUAAACUAAAAAUCAACAACAACAACAAUUAAAUGUUUUUUGACACCUUCCAUUUCCAAAUGUUCCAACGAUGUGUUGUAGCUGUUGUACACAAAAAAUAUAUGUAACUACUACUAUGUUUUGUUGUAGUUGUUGGAGCAAAAGAGAAUAGCAAAUAAUCACAACAACAAUAUAUAUACCACGAAGGAAGCACUUACUCUCUGCAUCAUCAUACAUUCAUACAUCCAACAGACCGACCAACCGACAUGAGUCCAUCAAUCACUCUUCUUGGAAUUACUUUAAGGCAUGUUUUUAUGUAAACUGCUUUUUUUUUACUUGACACACCGAAUGUAAUUUUAAGUUUUCAUGCUAUGAUUUGAAUUCUCGCAAAAUUUACUGUAUGUACGUUUGCUGAAGUUUGAGUAAAUCAUUUAAUUGCUGUAUAAUUUUUUAAUUUGUAAAAAUUUUUGUACAAAUCAACAACAACAACAGAAACAACCGUAAACUUUAUAAAUAUUAUGAGUAGAAAUUUGAUGAAAGAGAAAAAUUGAAAUUUUUGUAAUUUGCGCAUUAAUAAAAAUCGUAAAAGAGAUGAGUAUAGCAAAAAAAAUUUAGUAUUUUUUGGAAUCUUUCUCCUUGUCCUUCGUAUAUGUUUGAAACAAUGCAGUUGAUAAUUUGCGUUUUGCAAACACGCGCAAGCCACAAAUAAGCAGAAAAAAACCCAACAAAAUUUUUUUAAAUUGGUUUAAAAAACAACAAAAAAUUGUUAAAAAACCAAUAAAAAUUAAAAAAAAAAUCUUAAAUUCAUUUGUGGCGAAAAUAAAUUGUGCAAACACAUGCUGAAAGUAAAAAAAAAUUAAAAUUAUCGCAAGAAAUUGAAACAAAAGCGAAAUUGGUUUCUAAAAAAGCGCGAAAAAAGUACUAUAUUUUGGAGAGAAAGUGCAAAAUGCAUGCGCACAAAGUCACAAAGAGCGAAGAGCGUUUGCUCAGCUAUUUAUAUGUAAGCUGCAUUUUUUGUAGAAGAGAAGCCAUUUUAUUGCGUACACAAUAACAGAUACAAAUUUACAAUUAUUGUAGUAACGUAUUGGACAUGCGAAAACAUAAUUACACUUAAAAGCAAAGAGUUUGCAUAAUUUCAAUGCUACUCAAUUUUAAUAUAAAAAAAGAAAUCAAUUGUAUUUGUAUUAAUGGUGUAAGAAGAAGAUUUUCUCAUAAAUUGUAUUUUUAAUAAACAAAGCUAAAUUACUUAUAAAAAAUGCGUUGAAAAAACAACAGCAAAACAAAUUUAUAGCAUGCGCGCAUAUUUCGUGAGCAUAACAAAGAGUGUUUUUUGUUUGUUAAAUGCUGCCUACUUUUAGGCGGUAAAAUUAAUUUGAAAGUUGUCUUAAAUUGUAAAAUGUAUUAUUAACAUUUAAUAUUUAUUUUUUUUUGAUUAAUUUAUUUUAUAAUUUUCAACAUAAAGUAGAUAUUUUUUAUAUUUUGAAACAAAAAAAAUUAAAUUUAAAUUAUUUUUUUUUAUUAAAACUCUUUGUUAUGCCAAUAUGAAUACAGUUUUAUGCAAAAUACAAACAGCAGAAAUACAAAAACAAUUCAUGUGCGCAGUUGUGCAUUUCAAAUUUCAAUAAUUCGCAAAGAAAUUUUGAAAAAAUGCGAAAUUUCCUUACAUACACUUAUAAAAAAAAGCGAAAA